AUGAUUGCAGUUCGGCACAUUGAAUGGAUAGUAAUAUUUUUUUUCCUUUUCAGUGUGGGCGGUUAUGGUGCAGGUAAUGUUAUGAAUGGUGGGGACAACGGAUACGGAAGUGGUAAUGCCCUUUCCACUGCAGCAAUGGUAGCUGCAGCAACCGCAACAGCGACUGCCACCGCAAGCGUGGUGGCACUCCAGGACAAUUCCCAGUUCAACAAUCAACAGUAUUCCCAGGGCUAUCAGCAACGAAUGAUGCCCAUGAAUAACAUGAACGGCAUGAACGGAAUGAACCCCAUGAGCAACAUGCAGAACAUGUCCAUGGGCAACAUGCAUAGCAAUGUAAUGGGGAGCAUGGGAGGUAACAUGGGACCUAAGAUGGGUAUGCAGGGACCCGGUCCUAAUUCUUCAUCCAUGUAUCCCAGGAGGAUGACUCCGUACCCUUCCCCUGCCAUGCAUAUGACCCAGAAAAGGGGCAGCCAGCAGAGUUACUCUUCUCCCUGUCCCACGAUGAGUCCCGGUAUGAACGCCAGCAUGACUCAUAGUAUGAACCCCAAUAUGAGUCACAGCAUGAACCCCAGUAUGAACCCCAGUAUGAAUCCCAGUAUUAACCCCAGUAUGAAUCCGAAUAUGAGUGCUUCUAUGAAUCCUAAUUUUAAUCCGAGCGGCCAGUACCCUAACUACAGCAGCAGGCAGCCUAGUUUCGGUCAGUAUCCUACGCAGCAGUCUCUGGGGCCUACGGGCAACUUCGGUCCUAACAACAUGGUUCCUGUGGGCAAUCCUAGGCAGCUCAGGCAAGCAACGCCGCCUUACACCAAUCAAGGACAGUAUUUCCCAGCUGGUUCUAUGAAUCAGUUUCCUACGAGUAACUCUGGUCAGUACAAUAUGAAUAGUGGCGCUACCGUUCAAUAUGGCACUACUUCUUCGGCGCAUCAGUUUCAACAAGACGUUGCGAUGAGGAACAACAUGAGCUACCAGCACAGUCCGAUACCGGGCAAUCCGACGCCGCCUCUCACACCUGCAAGCAGUAUUCCUCCGUACAUCAGCCCAAAUCCUGAUGUCAAACCAAAUUUCAAUGAACUGAAGCCUCCUAUACCGACGCAAAAAGACGAUGAGCUGAGGUUAACAUUUCCUGUGAGGGAUGGUAUCAUCCUUCCACCGUUUCGUCUCGAACAUAACUUGGCGGUCAGCAAUCACGUUUUCCAAUUGAAGCCUACGGUGCAUCAGACGCUGAUGUGGCGCCAGGACCUGGAGCUGCAGCUCAAGUGCUUCCACCACGAAGACAGACAAAUGAACACCAAUUGGCCUGCUUCAGUGCAAGUGUCAGUCAAUGCAACGCCUCUCAUCAUCGACCGGGGAGAGAACAAAACUUCUCACAAGCCCCUCUAUCUCAAGGAAGUAUGUCAGCCGGGCAGGAAUACGAUACAGAUAACCGUCUCAGCGUGUUGUUGUUCCCACCUUUUCGUCUUACAACUUGUACAUAGACCGAGCGUGAGGUCAGUGCUGCAGGGCCUAUUGAGGAAACGGCUCCUUACGGCAGAUCAUUGUAUAGCUAAGAUCAAGAGGAACUUCAGCAAUACCGGUACAGGUCCCACCAUGGAUAGAGAUCGAGAUGCUGUGGAGCAAACGGCACUCAAAGUUUCAGUGAAGUGUCCUAUCACCUUCAAAAGAAUCACACUGCCUGCCAGGGGGCACGAAUGCAAGCAUAUACAGUGUUUCGACUUGGAGUCCUACUUGCAACUCAACUGUGAACGAGGGGCAUGGAGGUGUCCCGUUUGCAACAAGCCUGCCCAACUAGAAGGACUUGAAGUGGAUCAGUAUAUGUGGGGAAUUCUGAACACUCUCAGUACUUCAGAUGUUGAAGAAGUAACCAUAGACAGUUCAGCUAACUGGAAAGCUGCUAAAGGAAAUGUUCCUGGAAUAAAGAUGGAAGAUGAAGGAAAUGACUCCUGUGGAGCCAAAAGGAACAAAGCCAUGUCCCCGGGAAGUAUGACCCUACCUACGAUGAACAACUGGGACAUGCAAGCAAUGUCGCCCUAUUUACCUCCAGAUAUGAACAGUAUUGCCAGCGGUUCGAUGAUGAAUGGACCUCCUUCCUACAACAAUUCCAGAAGUAACAUGAAUGACAUGACCUACUCUGGAAGCAACGAAUACUUGGGUGGAAAUGGACCUCUGUCCCAUCUGAGUGAAUCCGUCAAUUCCCUGGAUCCACUAAAUGCAAUGGAGAAGAGUCUGAAUGAACAGAUGCCCCACACUCCUCAUACACCACACACGCCCCACACGCCGCAUACACCCGGUGGUACGCCAGGCUCAGCGCACACACCUGGUGGUGGUACUGGCCCCCCGAGUGUCCCCCCACCUUCGGAUGCUCACAAUAACAGUACUGGAUCGAACAACAGUACGUCGAAUAACGGCAGCGGAAACGCUGAAAACUCUGUCUCAGAAAUACCCUCAGAUCUCAAUUUUGAUCCUGCUGCUGUCAUCGACGGGGAAGGAACAGGCCAAGAAGCGCUCAAUUUGUUGCCAGACAGCGUUGAUCCAAUGGAACUCCUCUCGUAUUUGGACCCGGACUUGAACACGCCACCAUCAAGUGGCAGCAGUUCCGGGCAUGCAAACACAUCCACUAACGAUGAUAUUCUUGCUCUGUUUGAAUGAGUUCCUGAACUCACCGGCCACAUUUGUGGAGUAUGUGAGUGAACAAAAGUGUGAUAAAAAAUAAACAUAGCGUGUUAAUAAUUAUUAUAAAAGAAGGUCUAAAUCAAAUAUUUUAAACUGUAUAUUUUGUACAUAACAUUGAACAUAUGGCAGACACGAAUUCACUCUGUUGGUUUGAUCGGGUUAUCCUCGUUGCUGGAGGACUAAUUAUGCUCAGGGUGAUAUCCUGAGAAUUUAACGAUGUGAAUAUUUUCAUGAAGUCACUUUCAAUUUGCUCAUUUUGUAUUUUUGGAAUACAGAAUAUAUUGCCACAAAUCUAGUUUUAUUACAGUGAAAUUUGCAAUGUAAAUAAAAUUAAUGUAAAAUAUGAAUAUAUUUGAAACGUUUCACUGCAAUAAAAGUGAGGUUUCGAAAAAAUUGUUCCUGUUGGGACAAUUCAAACUAAAUUUCGGAUCAAAUCGAUGGAGUGAAUCAUGAAACGAAAAUGGCCAGUCUAGCAUAGUAUUAUUAGCUAAAAUACACUUAUAGUAGAAAAUUUGGAACCAAAAUUUAGGUACCUACUUUAGGACUGUUAUCAGUCUUUUUUGCAUCUGGAUGUGCAUAGGCUUCAAGUAUUAUAUGCUGUUAAGAAUUCUGUGAACCUUACAAAUCAGACAGGACACUUUCAAGGAAUCUAAUA